ACUGAGUAGCGCGUGCGUGCGGUUCUGUAUUUCUGCUUGAUCUGUUUGUGCGGUUUUCUGCUACGGCUUUGAGAGGCUUGAAUAUUGUAUUGACAAGCGCACGCUUUCUGUAGCGUGAGCUAAGAAUAUCAGCCAUGCGAAAUCUACAGCUUCGACGGACAUUAACUAAAAAACUUUCAUUGGUAGACACCAACUGCCGCAUUUGCUCCGACGCUGAUUCCGGAAUCGUUUACAUCGUCAGUGGAAACUGCAUCGUUUCUCUUGGGAGCGAUUUAGAGGAGACCAGGACCCUGGUUGGCGAGCUUGGCAAUGACGGCGGCGUCAUUUCAAGCUUCGUUUUCUUGUCGGAGUUCCAGUCACUUUGCGUCGGAAAAAAAUCUGGUGACAUACUGAUGUACGACGUCAAAAGUGGCAAUGCUCAAUCGGUUGGCAGUGUUACGGGUGGCAUUUUGGCCAUGCAAUGGAGUCCAGAUUAUGAACUCGUCGUUAUUGUUUCGGGUGAACAGAAGCUGUUGCUGAUGACAAAAGACUUCGACCUUAUCUCAGAAAAAGAGCUUCAUCCUGCAGAAUUUGGUCAAUGUGUUCCCAUCACUGCUGGGUGGGGCUCCAAAGAAACCCAAUUUCACGGGUCUGAAGGGAAACAGGCGGCCAAGGUUGAAGCUAAGCCCCCCGAGCCAGCCUUCUGGUGGGAUGACAAGUGUCCUCGUGUUUCAUGGCGUGGUGAUGGCCAGUACUUUGCCACUUCUUGCAUUGACCCUACUGGCGGAAAUCGUAAGCUGAGGCUAUGGAGCCGAGAUGGCAUUUUGCAGUACACAGGCGAGGAUUUGAUUGGCCUAGAACAAGCCCUUGGUUGGAAGCCAUCAGGCAGUGUGAUAGCCUCAAGCCAGCGACUACCGAACAAGCACAUGAUUGUCUUCUUUGAAAAGAAUGGUUUAAAUCAUGGAGGCUUCCAGCUGCCCUUUGCCUCUAAUGAAUUUAAGGUGAAGGAAGUAAUCUGGAGUCCAGACUCUACCAUUCUGGCUGUGGUUGGGUCAAUGUUUUCAUCUGAUGAAUCAUCAUUGGCUCCCAAAGAACUGGUGCUGUUGUACAGUAUGAAGAACUACCAUUGGUACCUGAAGCAGACACUACAGUUCGGCACAAGGGAACAGGAAAGGCUUGCCGACCUUCACUGGGAUGAAGGCAGCGUACUCACUCUACAUGUGCUGUCUGUUGACGGGCAGUACUGGCAUUACGAUUGGUCUUGUGCCGUGCACAGGAGCCACUGUGAGACAGAGGAGAGCACUGCCAAUGUGGCUGUCAUCGAUGGAGAUACUGUGUUGGUGACACUCUUCAAGGUGGCUGUUGUUCCGCCACCGAUGUGUAGCUACAGAGUCAAGACGGCUGCAUCCGUCAACGAGGUGGCAUUUGGAGUUGGGGUGCAUGAGAAUGAUUUUGUCAUUGCACUUCAGAAUGAAAGCAGCCUUGUGUUCGUGCUCAGCAACUCGGGAGACUUUGUGAAGACAUCCAGCAACCACUGCACACUGCAGCUUGAUGGUGCGGGUGGAAAAGAUGGCUUCAAGGUUACAUCAACUAUCCCUGAAUGCUAUGGGCCUUACAGAAUAAAUUUCGAUGCAAUUGAAAUACCUGAGUGUGCUAUGACCUUGCACCAUUGGACAUGGCCCUCCAAGGAUUAUUUGCUGUGCGUCUGUACAACUGAGGAAUCCCAUCAGCUGCUGCGAGUGGACAUCAGGCAUGAACAAGAAACACAUCUUGUUGCAAAAUCAUUGUGCCUAUUGAAAGACUCUGUGCUAACCAUCUCUACAAAUUCAACUGGGUCUGUUGUUUGCAUUCAGUAUCAGGAUGGCAGUUGCGCUGCCCCAAACUCAGAUGGAAUAGUGGUUCCAUGGCUUUGUGGUGAUGGAACUCCACUUAAGCUGCCAAGGCCUUGUGCUACUGUUGCUGUUUGUGAAGUUCUGAAACAGCCGAGAGUAAUAGCACUGUCAGACCGUUUCGAGCUGUUCUGUGACAGCGUGAAGAUAUGCGAUGACUGCACAUCCUUCAGGAUUCACGGGAAGUUCAUUCUACUGACCACACAUCGCCACACCCUGCGUUGUCUGCUGUUGGACUUUGACCUAGCAAAUCUUUUGAAUGGUGGAUCAACUGAGUCUUUAAAUGAUGCCCCACGAGAGCUGGAGAGCGGCUCAUUACUAGUGACCAGUGUUCCAGCCGACGGGCGUGUGGUUCUCCAGCUUCCACGAGGAAACCUGGAGACCAUAUCACCAAGAGUGCUUGUGUUGGACAGAGUUUGCGACCAUCUUGAUAGAAGGGAAUACAGAGAUGCAUUUCUUUUGAUGAAGGUGAAUCGAAUUGACCUAAAUCUUCUUUGUGACCAUGAUCCCUCAACCUUCUUGAGCAGCUUGUCAGAGUUUGUUCAACAAGUACAAGAGCCAACAGACCUCAACCUGUUCAUAACAGGGCUCACGGACAAAGAUGUCUCGACCACAAUGUAUGCAUCAGCCUACCGAGCCCGAAAGCGUGUGCCCUUUGUGUUCAAAAAGAACAAGAGAGAUGAAAUUUGUGACAGCCUAAGAAAUGUUCUUGAGCACGUCGACUAUGACAAGUACCUUCUCUCUGUGUUGACGUGCCAUGCUAAAAAGACAGACCCAGAGCUUGAUGAAGCAUUGUCCAAGAUCUACAGCCUUAAAGAUUCUGGGAAAAAGGCAGGCACAACAUGUGACGAAGCACUCAAGUACCUCUUCUACCUUGUGGAUAGGAAAGACCUGUUUGAUGUUGCCCUUGGAACAUACAACUUCGACAUUGUUCUCAUGGUUGCAGAAAAGUCUCAAAAGGAUCCUAAAGAGUAUGUUCCAUUUCUGAACAAGCUAAACAAACUGGAGCCCAAUUAUCGCCGCUUCACGAUAGACAUGCACUUGGAGCGUUACAAGAAGGCCCUCCAGAACAUCAGUCUAUGUGGUGAACCGCACUUCAGUGAGUGUCUUAAUCUCAUCAAAUCACAGAGGCUGUACACAACAGCACUUGGCCUCUUUCCAGAAGGUUCACAAGAAAGGAAGGAAGUAUGGGCUAUCUAUGGCGAUUACCUGUUUGAGAAGAAACACUACGAGGAGGCUGGACUUGUCUACUGGCGCUGUGAUAAACUGCAAAAGGCUGCGAGGGCCUUUGAGAUGUGCCUAAAUUGGAACUUGCUGCUUUCAACAGCUUACCAGAUGAAGUAUGACCAAGACAGCCUGGAAGCCCUUGCAAACAGGACAAUUGAUGCUUUGGUACUCGCCAAACGUUACAAGGAAGCCUCUGAAAUUUCGGAAACCUUCCUAAAGGAUGAAGAAAGAACAGUUCGCAUCUUGCUUGACGCACACAUGUGGGAUGUUGCACUGGCAAAGAUUCACCAUUUCAGCAAGUUGGAGCUCACUGAGAAGUUGUGGAAGCCAGCUGUCAACAGCGAGCUUGAAUUCAUGUUGGAAACUAUGGAUUCACUGAAGGCCACAUGGUCCAAGCAUGUGGCACGGCUAAUGAUUGUUCGUGAGCACAAAGCCAAUGAGGAACAAGGGGAGGGAGAUCUUGACGAUGGUGCAUUUUCCGACGUGGCAAGCGUGACAUCCAGGACAGUCGGUGGGAGCGUUGCUGGUGGCAGCUCCAUUUCGGGAUCGAUUGCCACCAUGAGGACAUCAAGGAAUCGUAAGAAACAAGAACGCAAAAAGUAUGUGCUGAAGGAAGGCUCCCGUUAUGAGGACUUGGCACUCAUCAUUGCACUUGGCGAAGUGGCCUCUUCAUCUGACAAACUACAAGAGGAGUGCAGGGACCUUCUGCGUGCUCUGGUGCUAUGUGGCUUGGAUCAAGAGGCCAGGAGCCUACAACAUCUGUUUGCAGCACUGCUAGACAUCAUAGAAAAGGAUAUUCCCAAUGUUUGGCCUCCAGAAACAGCUGAAAGCACACUGCCUCUUGGGCCCCACUCGUCAUCAACAAUGAUUGCUGAAGCAGUACAGAAACAAAAAAUUGUGGAGCAUGUGAUAUCAGAUCCGGCACUUCGACAACCACCUACACUUCGACGAAACCUUUGCUGGAAACUUCAGAUGCUAACCUAAUCAACUGUGAACAUUCAGUGCAAUGUAUGAAGAGUACUAUACAGCAGUUGACUGUAAAUAUAUGCUGCCGCUUCCAUGCA